UCACCGCCGUUGAAAGGGGAGGAAAGGAAGAGAAUCUCAAACUUCGGUUUGAUUAGAAAAAACAGAACAGAGAGAUAAAAUGUCAAUGAGAGGAAUCGGAGGGCCACUUCUAUGCAUCGGAGAUCUUCUGAACGACGUCGGAGAAGAACAACAAGGACACUCUCUCCGUCGCGAAGCUUCUCCCACUCCCUCCUCUUCCCAUCUCAACGAUAACGAUCCACCUCCUAACCUCCUCACACUCUUCCAGAAACAUUACGAUCACUUGAAUUCGGCUCUCUCCGGCACCGACCACUCUUGGACUUCUCUCACUUUGAAGUUAUGCACUUCUUUAGAAACUGCUAAUCAGUUGGUUCAGUCGACCAACUCAAAUGUUGCAUCCUUGUCAGAGAAGGUUGAGGAACUGCAGAAAAUUGUUAAGAGAGGGGAUUCGGCGAUAGCAGCAGCGAAGGCACUUUAUUAUGUUACCCCUGACAAUCACAGUAGUGCCUCAAAGUGAAACAAGGUUAGUAAAAUUGUAUAUCUGGUAUGAUUGGACAGGGUAUUUGUUAUGGUGUUUAUUUUUAGUCCAAUAGAAGGAUUUUUUGCUAUAUGGAGAGAAAGACAUUCAAUACUGAAAAGUUGUCAAAAUCUUAUGGCUACAAAUUUCCAGCAGUUAUUUUUUA